UCUCAGACUGAUAAUUCAGUGGGAAUCGUGAUCAGAAGUCUAAAAAAGUAGGAUUUUGGACUCCAAAACAUCGGACUCAGCAAAUUAAGGUCCAAAAUCCUACUUUUUUGGACUUUUGAUGCCGAUAUCUGUUGAAUUUCGAGUUUGAGCCCACAACAUGCCUAUCAUUUUUUCUUUGUCUUGUUGAGAUGAAUUCACUUUCGUCAUCGAAACGUUCUUAUCGGGAUUUUUGAAUUUCGCCUUUAUCUUACAGUUUUACUGAAUGCCGUGUCUGAUGUCUGAACAGUGUCCAAGGUCAACCGAGUGCCAUUUACUCUAGGAGUCAUCCUUUGUCUCAAUCCAGGCCUUGAGCAUAGCCGGCUGCGGCGUGUUAGGCGUUCCAGGAUGGCUGGUCACGAUGCAAUCGAUCAAUCGCUGCUGCUGGCCCUGCCGGACGACGUGCUGGUGGCGGUGCUGGCCUACCUGCCGCCCAGGGAGCUCUUCCGAUGCCGGUUGCUGUGCCGCCGUCUGCGCGACCUCUGCCUGCACCGCGACCUGUGGCGCCGCGUCUGCCUGCCCGCCCAGGAGAGAGGCGUGGUGCGCGCCGCCCUGCUCCUAGCACCCUGCGUCCGCCAUGUCCACUCGGACACCUUGGGCCUGGAGGCCCUGGCGUCCCUGGUGGCCGGCACGACGUGCGUGGUCAAGGAGCUCACGGUCUCAGUUGGCUCCGCACCGGACGUGGCCUUGGCCACGCCACUGAUUGAGAAGCUGUCGAGUCUGGGAGGCCUCCGGAAGCUCUGGGUGUCCUUUGCCGAUACUCCCGUGGCUACUGCUUCUCCGCUUCUGCAGGUGAUCUACUCUGUGAGCGAUCUCCGUGAACUGAACAUAUGGAUCAACAGUGAUGCGUCGAUGCCAAUCGCAUGGUGUGAUGUGAAGCAAAAGCCCUCAUUGACUCUGCUCAGUUACACCUCACCGACCAUGGACCCCUUCCUCCACCUGAUGCUACAAACCCAUGCCGCCACCUUGGAAAAGGUGUACCUCAACAAGGUUUGGAAAAUGCCGGAACCUGCAUCGAAUGCGGUCCCUGGCCAGUCGGACUUCCCUUUGACUCUCCUGAACGCGAUCCCCAGGCUGCGCGCACUGUGCUGCUUCCCGAACGAUGGCCUGUCGCAGUUGCAAGCAGGAGACGCUCUGAAGGAGCUGAGUUUCACGGGCAUACACCGGGAGGGCUUCCCUGCCGGGGCACUGGAGUUCAUUCGAAAGGCGACGCAGCUUCAGGUCGUCAACAUCGACUUGCCUUACGAGGAUCCCUCCGGACCGGUGCAAGCCCUGGCUGAGUCGUGCUCUGCGCCCCGCCUGGAGCACCUGUUCUUGCGCUCGACGCACGGGUCGAACGCCUUGGACGUGCUGGCCGCCGCUCUGCCGCGGUUCCCCGCGCUCCAGACGCUCGGCGUGGCGUCCACGCCACCGGACAGCCUCCUGCGCGCGGUGAGCCCCGCGGCCCUGCCCCGCCUCUCCAUGUUCAGGGUCUGCUGCUUCGAGACGUGCGCCCACGCAUGGCUGCACGACCCGUUCGUCCAGGACGUUCUCGUCAGGAACCCUCAGCUCCACCUCCGCAUCGAGGUGUCCGCCGCGCCCGUCCUGGAGGACUGCCCGUGCCCCUGGUGCCGGUGGGGCUGCCACAAGGAGCUCGCCCAGCGACCCUCCAGCCUCUGGUCCUUCUUCUCGGCACACCGGAAGAAGGCCGACUGCCCGAGGGACUGCUUCCAGGUAGCACUGCCACCUUGCCCGUCUUGUGAGCGCCCUUCUGCUCAGCCCGUUGUUUAAAACCGCGAUUUCAUUUCUUGAUCUUGUUUGGCCAGAUAGUCACCAAUCUGAUUUUGUUUUGUUUUUCAUGCCCUACUUACCUUAUUGUGUAAUUGUCGUGGAUUCAACAAUUGGAAUGCAUGUUUGUGUGAUUGUCGUGGAUUCAACAAUUGGAAUUCAUGUUUGUGUAAUUGUCGUGGAUUCAACAAUUGGAAUGCAUGUUUUUUUAUUGAAUCAUAGAUUGGUUUUGUUAUGAUUAUAUUCCAGGUGACACCGUUUCAUACACAGUCUGUGGCUGAAACGCUUUGCCAUUUCAUUUUACUUUUGCCUUGCUUCAAUAGCUUAAGACAUUAACCUCGAGUUAUAAGUGUGUUUGAAGUGUACCUUUUUGUGUAUGCCCUUGUUCCUUCUGUCUUCAGAAAGAGAUAAAGAAAUUAAUUUGUCACAAACGGC